GGUUUACACAGGCGCUCGUGCAGUGCAUCUCUUGUCUCGCACUCCAGUAGAUCCAUAGGAGUGCUCUAAGACAAUGGGGAUGACACAGGGAUUUCUUUUUGGCUUCAUCGUUGCAUCAUGUUUCCUUGCGAGCAUUGCACAACAGAAAGAAUGCCAGGAUGAAACUUUGGCCUUUGACAUUGUGUUCCUCAUGGAUAGUUCCAGCAGCAUCGCCGUUCGAGAGUUCAGAGAUAUGAAGGCGUUUAUCCGUAAUGUUGUGAAGGGAAUGGAAAUCGACUCUAAAAACGUGCAGGUUGGCCUCGUUCAGUUUAGCAUUGAUCCCCACAAAGAAAUUCUGCUGGGGGACUACGCCAACAAAGCAGACUUGUUUCAGAAAAUAGACAAGAUCCCUUUGCGACAAGGAGGCACAUUCAUGGGGAAAGCUAUGACCUUUCUUAAGGAAAGCUAUUUCACUAGCGCGGGUGGUAGUCGGAUCGAUCAGAAAGUGCCGCAGAUCAUCGUGGUGGUCACAGAUGGAGACUCAACAGAUGAUAUAAAGGCACCUGCUGAGGCUCUUCGAGCAAAGGGUAUUAUCAUCUUUGCCAUUGGCGUUGGCGAGACCAAUAGCACCCAGAUGAGGUCCAUCGCCAGCAGCCCAGCUGAGCGUUUUGUGGUUAAUAUUGAAAAUUACGAAGCGCUGAAAGAAUUGACUACAACAAUGAUGCAGACUGUGUGUGUUUUGAUGAAGGAUCAAGGCAAAGCUAUUGCACAAAAGUUUGCCGACGUGUUUGUCCUGGUGGACAGUUCGGCUACGACCAAGAAACAAGAGAUAAGAGAUAUUCUCACCCAACUGGCUGUUAACCUCAAGGUGGGCGACGGAUCGAAUAAAAUCGCAUUGGCACAGUUUGGCGGGACCGUCGUCAAGGAGUUUUUAUUCAGCGACUACAUGGACACAGCGAAGGCAAAAGAGUACAUAACCCGAUUUGAACCUAGGCCCAAGGGAGAUCGGAAACUAGGAAAUGCCAUGGAUUACGUUCUUAACAACUUUCUUAACACGGAAUCCGGCAGCAGAAUUUCCGGAGGCUACAAGCAGUACAUACUGGUAAUGAGAGUUGGAGAAUCUUCAGACUCUGUGCUCGGGGCCACACGUAGAAUGAAAAACGAAGAUGUGACUGUUAUAGACGUGAGAUUGGAAACAGAUUUACGCCGCCUGACACCUGUGUUAAGUGGUUACGAGUUUAAACAGGAUAUCACACAAAUAGCUACGGAUAUCACAGAAAUCAUUGAGACGGAGGAGGUUUUAAAUGUUACAGGAGAUUGCAAAUUGGCCCAAGUAGCUGAUAUUGUGUUUAUCGUGGACGAAUCAGGCAGCAUUGGGCCAGAAAACUAUGAUCUGAUGAGACAAUUCUUGCAUCGCAUUGUGAGCGGUCUGGUGGUGGAACCUGAAAGCGUCAGGGUGGGAUUGGUGCUUUACAGUGACAAGCCAAGUGCUGGAUUCUUCUUGGACUCUUUUGGGAACAAGAACGACAUUCUGAACUACAUUAAAAUCCUUCCAUACAGAGGUGGAGGAACCCAAACAGGCGCAGCCCUGACGUUUGCCAAAGAUAAUCUCUUCACUGAGACAAGAGGCAGCAGGAAAGCUCUUGGCGUCAAGCAGAUCGCCAUCAUCAUCACAGAUGGAGAGUCGCAAGAUGAUGUCACCGAUGCUGCCCCUAAACUUAGACGUUCGGGAGUCACCGUGUAUGCCGUCGGGGUGAAGAACGCCAGCAGCGAGGAGCUGCUAAAAAUUGCAUCUUACCCCCAAAAGCAGUUUAUGUUCAAUGUGGAAAGUUUUCAGAUGCUUACGUCGCUGGAGAAGAGUCUUAGUAAGAGCCUUUGUAAGGAUGUGGUUAACAGAAGGUUUGAUAAGGACAACAAACACACCCUUAAACAAGCAUGUGUGAACACAGAAGAAGCCGACAUUUAUUUUCUCCUCGACACUUCUUCGGGCACUCGUGCAGACUUCGAAGACGUGAAGAACUUCAUACUAUUCCUUCUGAAGUUGUUCACCAUCGGACAGUAUCGUGUCCGCGCGGGGAUCGUAAAAGCUGACCGCACGCCCACGCUACAGUUCAGUGUGAAGGACCACAAAACCAGGGAGACCUUAGAAAAAGAUGUGAGAAACAUGCUUCAGCCCAGCGGAGGCCCAGAGAUGGGCGUUGCACUAACGUAUGUGGCGGAGCGCUUUAGGGAGGCUAAUGUUUCUCGGGAAGCUAACGUGCAAAACAUUCUCAUUAUCAUCACCGAUAAGAAAUCUCAAGAUGAUGUGAGUAAGCCUACAGCUGAGCUGAGCAAUCUAGGCGUUUUGGUCUAUGCCGUCGGAGUGGGGGUUGCCGAUCGGGAUUAUCUCUUAAAAAUGGCGGAUGACUCAAAGGUGUUUUUUGUCACAAACUACGAUGCUUUGAAUGUUAUCAAGACCGAUGUUCUUACCGAUAUUUGCUCACAAGAAGCCUGCAGGAGCCAGGUGGCAGAUGUCAUGUUUUUGAUUGACGGCUCGACUAGCAUUGCAAUCGAAGACUUCAUUUCAAUGAAGACAUUCAUCAAUAAAUUGGUAAAUGGGUCUGUCAUUGGACGAGAUGAUGUGCACAUUGGUGUGGUCCAGUUCAGCACAGACCCAAAGGAGCAGUUUCCCCUGAAUAAGUUUUAUGACAAGACAAAACUGCAGGAAGAGAUCGACAAAAUAAAUCAGUUAAACGGGAACACUUACACAGGAAAAGCUCUCUCGUUUGUUUCCCCGUAUUUCGACGUGGGCCGCGGUGGCCGCCCUGGGAUUUCACAGUUCCUCAUAGUUAUCACUGACGGGGUGGCCCACGACGGGGAGGUCGCUGCCACCCAUGCCAAAGCCAUCAGGGACAAGGGUGUGGUCAUUUACUCAAUCGGUGUGGGCAGUGUUGACACCGCACAGCUUCUGUCGAUCAGUGGGAGUGCAGAUAAAGUGUACCUGGAAAAGGAUUUUAAGGGAAUUCAGACCUUAGACAAAGACCUUCAAUUCAAGAUGUGCUACACGGUCACAGAUUGUCAGAAAGAACUGCUGGCCGAUGUCAUUUUCCUUGUUCAGUGCACCAGCCAGAUUCGUUCCCCGGAGUUUCAAAAAAACAUCCUUAACUUUUUAGUUUCUGUGGUGAACAGCACACAGGUCAGUGACAAUCUCAUUCGCAUUGGCGUCAUUGUCUACUCGGACACUCCAAGUCAAUUCACUUUAAACCAGUACAGCAGUAAACAUCAGGUACUUGAUUCCAUAAAAAAUCUCAAAUAUUCAACUGGAAACGCCAACACAGCUAAAGCCCUUGAAUAUUCACUCGCUUACUUCAAUGAAGAGCGCGGUGGGCGCCAGAAACGGGGUAUCCCUCAAAUGUUAUAUUUGAUCACAGACGGACCGGCUAGAGACAAAAAUAAUUUAAAGGCACGCGCUGAGGAAUAUGCGGCAAAACAUAUCAAAGUGUAUGGAAUCGGAGUAGCGAAUGCCAAAAGGAGUGAGCUGGAGAUUAUAACCAAGAACAAAAACAACGUUUUCCAGGUUGAUAAUUAUAAGGCUCUUCAAGGUUUGCAAAAUAACAUCUCCGGUACGCUGUGCAACAUGUCAAAACCAGAAUGUCAAAAUGAAGUGGCGGACCUGGUGUUUCUAAUUGAUGGAUCUGAAAGCAUCAAAGAAGAUCAAUGGAAAACUAUGAUUGCCUUCUUGCUCGACCUUGUGGACAAGCUCCGUGUCACACGGGACCUUUUCAGAAUUGGUGUAGCCCAGUUCAGCACCCGGUAUCAAAAAGAGUUCUACUUGAAUGAGCAUGAAGAUGCCAAAGGCGUAAAAUCAGCUAUCCAGCAAAUCACACAAAUUAAAGAAGGGACCAAAAUUGGAGCGGCGCUUCGUAACGUUGUGGAAUUCUUUGAAGACGGCAAAGGCAGUCGCAAACAAAAUGGCGUACCACAAAACCUUGUGCUCAUUACUGAUGGCGAUUCGAGUGAUGAUGUGACCGCCGCUGCUGAUGCUCUCCGGAAUAUGAACAUUAAUAUUUUUGCCAUUGGUAUAGGGGAAGUCUCCAUGUCGCAGCUCAGUUAUAUUGCCGGCUCGCCGGACAGGUUAUUCUUGGUGGAGAACUUUGACAGCCUCAAUCUGAGGGCAGCAACAUUUGUUGACGCCCUUUGCACCAAUUAUCAAUCAAUUAGUCCAAGUUGCUCCAUUGACAUCGCAAUAGGAUUCGAUAUCUCAACGACCAGUUCGAGUUCUCCGUCCAUUUUCAAGAGCCAGCAAAAGCUGCAGUUUAGUCUGCACGAGAUUGUCCGCGAUGUGUCUGUCGUACACAACCUGUGCUGUGCCACCGAACCAACCAUCAAUAACAACAUAGGUUUCCGUCUGGUCAGCGCUAAUGGACAGAAGAUUAAUGAUUACAUGUUCGCCGGGUACAGUGAAGAUGUGGUUAAUAAAGUGGUGGGGCUUCAGAAUCCACAAGCACUGAAAUUCAACUCGAGGCUUCUGGGCUCGUUUCAGGAGAUGUUCAAAGCUUCUAAGUCUUACAUCAAGGUGCUGAUCAUCUUCACAGACGGAUUGGAUGAGCCUAUUGAGCAGCUUCUGGAUGCUGCAGAGAAACUCAGGAAAAGUGGUGUCCAUGCUCUACUAACCGUGGCACUGGAUGGAUUUAGAAACACUGCUGAUCUGCAGAGGCUGGAGUUUGGACGAGGGUUCGGCUACAAACAGCUUCUCUCCAUCGGCAUGCAGAAUGUGGCCAGUGUCAUGCAGAAAGAGAUCGAUACAGUUGCUUCCAGGUUGUGCUGUAAUGUGCUGUGCAAAUGCUCUGGUAACCAGGGAGUACAUGGACCCUACGGUCGUCCAGGGCUUAAGGGAUUACCCGGACAGAAGGGAAAUCCUGGAUUCCCCGGGGAUGAAGGAGAAGUUGGUCGGAGAGGGCCGCCCGGUUUCAAUGGAACACAAGGAUAUCAGGGAUGUCAUGGAAGGAGUGGAAUGAAGGGUAGCAGAGGUUACAGAGGUGAAAAUGGAGAUGCAGGAGAAGAUGGUUUGAAUGGAGUCGAUGGUGAACAGGGGGUCGUUGGAGGAGCAGGGAGUCGAGGGGAGCGAGGAUUUCCAGGCAACCCUGGUCCUCGCGGCAUACGUGGAGACCCUGGAGUCCCAGGACAGAAAGGUCUUAGAGGAGAUCCGGGAAAUUCAGGAUUAGACAACAACUCCCCUGGUCCUAAGGGUGAUGUUGGCAGCCCAGGCGUACAGGGUGAACCAGGUCCAGAUGGUUUUGUGGGUGAAGCUGGUGAUGCUGGCAGACCGGGGUCGAAUGGCAGAAGAGGUUCUGUUGGUCAACCGGGUCCCAGAGGUCCUCCAGGAGAGUCAGGGUCACAGGGACCUCCUGGGGCUUCGGGUCCAUUGGGUGCUUUUGGUCAACAGGGUCCUGUCGGGCAGAGAGGUUUUCUUGGUCUGCCUGGACCUCAGGGAUCUCCUGGCUCUCUAGGAAGGCCUGGAUCUAAAGGAAGCAUAGGCUCCAGGGGACAGAAGGGUCAGCCUGGUGAUCCUGGAGUUAAAGGAGCUCUUGGCCUCCCUGGCGUCAGAGGACUCCAAGGAAUAGACGGUUCGGAUGCUUAUGGAUUCCCAGGACCCAAAGGACAAAAGGGGGAUACAGGUUUCCCAGGUUAUUCAGGACUCCAGGGUGAGCAAGGUGAUAGGGGCAUAAAUGGAGGUGUUGGUCCUAAAGGCAACGGUGGAAGAGGGGGUAACGCUGGAAGGGCAGGACCUCGUGGUGAUCCUGGUAGUCAGGGGAUGCCUGGACACAGGGGUCCAAGAGGACCGGUAGGAACCAGGCAAAUGUCUGACUGUUCGCUGAUAUCGUAUGUUCGAGACAACUGUUUGUGCUGUAAAGAUAAACCGAAAUGCCCUGCCAACCCCACCGAUCUUGUGAUCGGCUUAGACAUGUCUGGAGACGUGACCCCUCAAGCCUUCGAGCGCAUGCGUUCCACGGUCCUCACCCUGCUGGACAACAUCAAUGUCGUGGAGAGCAACUGUCCCACGGGGGCGCGUGUGGCUGUGGUCUCCUACAACUCCUACACCAAAUACCUGAUCCGCUUCACAGACUAUAACCGCAAGCAGGAGCUCAUUCAAGCCAUCCAAAGAAUCGCCCUUAAAACCUCUACCAGUCGUCGCAAUAUCGGUUCCGCCAUGAGGUUCGUUGGCAGGAACAUGUUCAAGCGCGUACGAAAGGCCACCCUGAUGAGGAAGGUUGCUAUCUUCCUUUCCAACGGGGAGUCUCAGGACACAACAUCUCUCACCACAGCCAUUCUAGAGUAUAAAGCUCUGAACAUUAAUCUUGGCGUCAUCGGAUUGAAAAAUGUGCCUUCUAUUCGAAGAGCAUUUGAGGCCGAUGAAUCUCAAAGUUUUAUCUUCACCGUGGCACGGGACAACCAGAUAGCUUCUCUCAGUAAGAUCCAGAAUUGUGUUAUCUGCUUUGAUCCUUGCAGACCAGCUAAAGAUUGUGAUGGCACCAACCUGCAACCCUCUUCUCAAGAAGUGGACCUUGACCUGGCCGUGAUCGUCGACGGUUCCCGUAGCAUUCUGGCCGAUCAGUAUGAGGGAGUUAAAGAGGUUCUUGGCAGUGUACUCGAUCAGAUUGUCGUGAGCAAUCAGCCCAGCAGGGCAGACGGACAGGCGAGAGUUGCUCUCUACCAACAGAGCUCUACAUACAGCGAAGCCCAGUCUGGUGUGAAAGUCAUCUUCAACUUCCAACAGUUCCAAGAUCAUAGUCUAAUGAAGAGAAGCAUCGACCAGGAGUUAAAGCAAACCGGUGGCUCUUCCACGCUGGGUCUUGCAAUGGAAUACGCCAUCAUGCAGAGCAUCCUCACGGCUCCUAAGGCGCGUAAAAAGAAAAUGGUGCUGGCCAUCGUCGGCGAACAAACAGCAUAUCACGACAGAGCAAAGCUGGAUUUUAUCUCUAGGUUGGCGAAGUGCGAAGGUGUGGUCCUGUUUACAAUGACAGUGGGCGACCACUUUAACAAUACUCAGGUGGAGGAAAUGGCCAGCUAUCCUCUGGAGCAGCACAUUAUUCGCCUGGGUCAAUUGAAAGACGGAGAGCAGGACUACGCUCAGCGGUUUUUAAGAACAUUCUUCCACAUCCUGAGUAAGAAUAUCAACUCAUACCCUCCACCAUCACUCCAGAAGGAGUGUAGUAAUUUUCAAGGUCAGACUUCCAACUUUCAGCCUGCAGAGAGGCCCGUACAAAGGGUUCCUUUCCCAGCCACUCCAUCUGCGACAGCUAAUGUGGAACAGGAGACGGAGGAGACCGAAGACUUGCAGUCCUCAGGCCGUGGAGACUCACUUAGACUCGCUGACCAUGAAUGGAGUCAGUGUCACCUAAACGACGACACGGGCAUCGUCUGUGGUGAACAUGUACCGCGCUGGUACUAUAAUGGUGCAAUCGGUGCAUGUUUGCCCUUCUGGUACGGUGGUUGUGGCGGUAACAGUAACCGGUUUGCUUCAGAAACUGAAUGCAUGCAAGCCUGUGGAAAACCCAAGCCUGAACUACCAGUGCAGAAAGAGGAAACAACAAUAUAUGACGAUGCAUGUCUCAUGAAACAGAAUGCUGGACCCUGCAGUCAGUAUGUUUUAAAAUGGUACUAUGACAUCCAGCAGAAUGAAUGUGUCUACUUCUGGUUUGGAGGAUGCGAAGGAAACAAAAACAGGUUUGACACGCAGGAGCAGUGUGAAGCUCUUUGCUUACAGAACACUUAACCAGGACUACUCUUUUUCAGAUGACACUUCACAUUUAGCAACUGUUUCAUGUAAAUUACAUAAUUUUGGAUUUGGUACACGAUAGUAAAUCGUACAUACGGUUAGCUCGGUUUCAUCAUGGCAAACGUUGCAUUGUCAUUUUCAUGCAUGUUGUGCUGGAAAAUUAAAAUAUAUUUUACCACAUGAACAAACUGUACGAGCUUUUAAGUGAUCCAUCUUCUAAUUAUUUUUGUAUUGGUUCAAAUGUUCAUAAAAGGUUUUCGUUGAUGAAAUGUGACACAGAACUAAGAAAGUGGACUAUUAGAUUUGACACUGAUUAAGAUUUUGUAACUUUUUUGUAUUUUAAAUGUAUUAGAAUGUGACUGCUUGUAUACAUAAUACGUUUGUAAUACAUGUAUAGAUGGUUUCAGAGCAACAUCAUAAAUAAACGUUACUGAGCUUGUGCACGUUUGUUGACGGAAAAUUACUUCCGGUACACGUCUGCAAACAAUAUAGUGUAUAUAAAUAAUUAUUAUAACAAGCAAAAGAAACCGAGAAGAACCGUUUGCUAAAUUUGCCUCUCCAAUAUUUUGAAUGUAGACUGCGAUACUGAGCUCAACCACUAGUUUUCAAUGUACCGUACGUUUUUUAAAAGUCGGCAUGAAACGGAAGUAGCAAUUUUUUUUCUUCCAUAUCCUGACAUAUAUCCGAGUGAAACUUCUGAAAUGAGGAAAAUGUAGGGCGGGACUUAGUUCAUGGAGUAUUGACUGGUCGCCAACAAAAUGGAGUCAGAUUUGCAAUACAGUUUGCAAUCUGUCUGUCAUUGCAGCCCCGCCCUCGCGCCAUUCCUCCAGACAAGAAGCGAAGAGAUGUCGUUUAGAGUCGAGGAAGAAGUUUAACGUUUUUGAUUAAAUAUUAUAAGUGCAAAUUAUUAUUUUUUAAAUAAUGAUGUGCACGGAUAAAUCAUUUAUAAUCAAUACUGAAACACUGUGUAAAUCAAUUUAAAUUGACCUUUUUACUUUCAUGCCGACUUUAAAUUCAACAAAUUGUUUAUUUAAUACAAUUAUUAUACAAUAAAUGAAUAACAAAAUAUAAUGUUUAUUAUUAGCCACUAACCAUACCGAUAAACAGACAGACCGGAAAUGAUCCAUCGGCCAGGCACGUGUGUCUGAGUAAACCGUCUCUACAUGUUUUGUGAAAAGUAUUAUACAAAUAAGAUUGACCUGACUGUGUUCCCCUUGUGUUGUUUACGUUAAGUUUCAUAUGUACUAAAAAAAGAAUGUUUUAUACCAUUUUUACUGUAGGCCAGAUACAACGUUAUACAUAAAUGGUCAUAUACAUUGGGCAGCAUUUCUUAUAAGGUUGAAAAAAUGAAAAUCAUCAUACUGUGGAUAUCAUCUGUGCUGCACAAAAUGCAUUGAUGCACCUAAACACAUUGACAUGCACGGCAGCAGAUUGUUAGAUUUGGACGUUUUUGGCAUUUGAACAUGCACCAGAGUUACUACUGCAUAGGAAAUCUUUCUGGUCACAUCACAUACAAUGAAACACAUAAACGUACAUACUGUAAGAUGUAUAGUGUAAACAUAAGAAUAAACUGUGCUAAAAUAUGCUAAAUUGGUUUCAAUAAAAACUCAAAGAGCA